AUGCUUUUCUUUAGCUUCUUCAAGACUCUCACAAACCAGACGGUCACCAUUGAGCUCAAGAAUGACAUCCGCAUUCGUGGGAUUCUGAAAUCAGUCGACCAAUACCUGAACAUCAAGCUCGACGAUAUCGAAGUGCUGGAUCUGGCCAAGUACCCUCACCUGUCUUCUGUCAAGAACAUGUUCAUCCGAGGAAGUGUGGUGCGAUACGUGAUGCUGCCACGGUCGGAGGUUGACGUGGGGUUGUUGGAGGAUGCCACACGACGAGGUGAGUUGCGCAUCGUUCCCUGA